AUGGAUGGCCGUGCAUUAUCAUCAUUCUGGAAUACUUCUUCCGUCUCCUUUGCACAGCCCAUCAUGCAUGGUCUCGGUAGUGUUCUGUUGCUCGGCACCCUUGCGGCCCAAAAAGUGCUAGGCCUGCCUGGCACCAGCACCCAAUGUAUUCAGAGGCGCAACAUCGACAGCUUCGUUUCUUCCGAAGGACCCAUUGCGCUCCAGAAGCUGCUCUGCAACAUUGGCUCGGACGGCUGCGAAGCGCAGUCGGCGGCCCCGGGCGCCGUGGCGGCGUCACCCAGCACGAGCAACCCCAAUUACUGGUACACAUGGACACGAGACAGCGCCUUGGUGUUCAAGUGCCUCGUGGACCGAUUCACCCAUUCAUAUGAUAGCAACCUGCAAACGCUCAUCCAAGACUACAUUGCAGCCCAAGCCAAGCUGCAGGGCGUUUCCAACCCGUCAGGCUCCCUGUCCGACGGCGCCGGCCUGGCCGAGCCCAAGUUCAACGUUGACCUUUCUGCCUUUACCGGCCCGUGGGGACGACCGCAGCGGGACGGUCCGGCGCUGCGGGCGAUUGCCAUGAUUUCGUAUGCGCACUGGCUCAUUGACAAUGGAUAUAUAGACACGGCUAGCGACAUUGUCUGGCCCGUCGUGCAAAACGACCUCAACUACGUCGCGCAGUACUGGAACCAGACUGGCUUUGACCUGUGGGAGGAAGUUAACGGCAGCUCCUUUUUCACCGUCGCAAGCCAGCACCGAUCUCUGGUCGAGGGCGGCAGUCUGGCCGCCAAGCUGAGCAAGGACGGCUCGGUGUACAGUCAAGUGGCACCUCAAAUUCUUUGCUUCUUGCAGACGUUCUGGGUGUCCUCUAGCGGAUACAUCAAUUCGAACAUCAACCAAAACAAUGGCCGCACGGGCAAAGACGUCAACUCGAUUCUGACAUCGAUUCAUAACUUUGAUGCCGCGCUCGGAUGCGACACCAGCACGUUUCAGCCGUGCAGCGACAAGGCGCUCUCGAACCACAAGGUUGUUGUGGACUCGUUCCGAUUCUACAGCAUUAACAAGGGCAUCUCGGAGGGCAAGGGUGUGGCUAUUGGUAGGUACUCAGAAGAUGUGUACUACAAUGGUAACCCUUGGUAUCUGGCGACCAUGGCUGCAGCUGAGCAGCUUUACGAUGCGCUGCACAUUUGGAAGCAGCAGGGGUCCAUUACUGUGACGAGAACGUCGCAGGCCUUCUUUGGUGAUUUUGUGCCCAACAUUGCCCCAGGCACAUACUCUAGCGACUCGAGCACAUUUGCUACCGUUGUGCAGGCCGUCAUGUCGUAUGCAGAUGAGUUUGUGGCCAUUGUUGCCAAGUACACGCCGUCGAGCGGUGCAUUGGCUGAGCAGUUUGACAAGAACAAUGGCUCUCCGCUGUCGGCCCGCGACCUGACCUGGUCCUACGCAUCGCUUCUCACAGCCAUUGACCGCCGCGCCGGCAUCAUCCCGCCGCCCUGGGCCAGCGACGGCGCCAACCAGAUACCUGGAUCCUGCGCUGGCAAGACGGUUGCAGGCAGUUACACGUCGGCGACAGCAACGUCGUUCCCCGCGAACCAAACGCCGAAGACGGGUGUUCCACCAACGUCGACGGCGCCCGCGCAGCCGACGUGCACCCCCGCGAUGUCAGUGGCCGUCACAUUCCGCGAGACGGUGACGACGCAGCUUGGGCAGACCAUCAAGAUUGUGGGCAACACGGCAGAGCUCGGCAACUGGGACACUAGCCGGGCGGUGGCGCUCGAGGCGAGCGAGUACACGGCGGACAACAACGUGUGGAAGGGGACGGUGACGCUGCCGGCUGGCAAGGCGAUCGAGUACAAGUUUGUAAAUGUGCAGGCGGACGGGACGGUUGUGUGGGAGGCGGAUCCGAACCACAGCUACACGGUGCCCAAGACGUGCGCGACGACGGCGUCGAGGGCGGACACCUGGCAGUGA